AUGGCAGCCAUUCAAUAGCGGGGGUGGGGUGGGGCGGAGAAUGAGGCGGACGUAAACGAGUUGACAGGAGCGCGGAGGAGGUGCCGGCCUCGUCUGUCACAGGUUCCCGGGGUCGGUCGGGUUUCAAGAUGAUUCCCACGGAGGAGGCGUCCGCCCGGAGGAGGGAAAUAGAAGAAAAGCUGAAGCAGGAAGAAGAAACAUUGUCUUUCAUUAGAGAGAGUUUAGAAAAAAGUGAUCAGCUCACUAGAAAUAUGGUUUCAAUACUUUCAUCUUUUGAAAGCCGUUUGAUGAAGCUGGAGAACUCAAUUAUCCCUGUACAUAAACAAACUGAAAAUCUUCAGCGUCUUCAGGAGAAUGUGGAGAAGACUCUCUUUUGUUUGGAUCACAUUAUAAGUUACUACCAUGUAGCAAAGGACACAGAGAAGAUAAUAAAGGAAGGUCCUACAGGGAGACUGGAAGAAUAUUUAGGCUGCAUGGCUAAAAUCCAGAAGGCUGUGGAAUAUUUUCAAGAUAACAAUCCUGAUAGUCCAGAACUCAAUAGAGUGAAAUUGCUUUUUGAGAGGGGGAAGGAAUCGUUGGAGUCUGAAUUUCGUAGCCUUAUGACCCGAAAUUCUAAACCAGUUCCACCAAUCCUUAUCCUGGAUCUUAUCACUUUGGAUGAUGACUUAAAGACUCAAGAAGAUGUGUCCUUAGAACACCUUCCUGAGAGUGUCCUACAGGACAUUGUCCGUAUUUCUGGUUGGCUAGUGGAGUAUGGAAGGAAUCAUGACUUCAUGAAUGUUUACUACCAGAUCCGUUCCAGCCAGUUGGACCGCUCUAUCAAGGGGUUGAAGGAGCAUUUUCGUAAGAAUAGUUCUUCCUCGGGCAUCCCAUACUCUCCUGCAGUUCAGAACAAGAGGAAAGACACACCCACCAAAAAACCAAUAAAAAGACCAGGCACGAUCCGUAAGGCUCAGAACCUUCUGAAACAAUAUUCUCAGCAGUGUCUAGAUGGGAAAAAGGGGGCCUCUAACCUCAUUCCUAUAGAAGGUCAUGAGCAUGAUUUGCGAGCUAAGCAUCUUUCCGAUUCCUUGGUUGACAAGCACGGGUCAGUUGCUGGGAGAGAUGACAUGUUGGACAUGGAGAUUGAUGCGUACAUCCAUUGUGUGAGUGCCUUCAUAAAACUGGCCCAAAGCGAGUACCAGCUACUAACAGAAAUCAUCCCGGAGCAUCACCAGAAGAAGACAUUUGAUUCCCUUAUUCAGGAGUCUUUAGACAACUUGAUGAUUGAGGGAGACAACAUUGUGUCUGCAGCCCGGAAGGCCAUUAUGCGCCAUGAUUACUCAGCUGUGUUGACUAUCUUCCCCAUCCUAAGGCACUUAAAGCAGACAAAGCCAGAAUUUGAUCAGGUUUUGCAGGGUACUGCAGCCAGCACUAAGAACAAGUUACCAAGCCUCAUAACCUCAAUGGAGACCACAGGAGCCAAGGCUCUGGAACAUUUUGCAGACAAUAUCAAGAACAAUCCAGAUAAGGAAUAUAAUAUGCCAAAAGAUGGGACAGUUCAUGAACUCACCAGCAAUGCCAUUCUCUUCCUGCAACAAUUGCUGGAUUUUCAAGAGACUGCAGGUGCCAUGCUGGCAUCCCAAGUUCUUGGGGACACAUACAAUAUACCUUUAGAUCCCAGAGAGACUAGCUCUUCAGCCAGUAGCUACAGUUCAGAGUUCAGUAGACGGUUGCUGAGCACCUACAUCUGCAAAGUUCUGGGCAACUUACAACUGAACCUUCUCAGUAAAUCCAAAGUUUAUGAGGAUCCAGCAUUAAGUGCCAUCUUCCUGCUUAAUAACUACAAUUACAUACUCAAGUCCCUUGAAAAGUCUGAAUUAAUCCAGUUGGUAGCUGUGACACAGAAGACAGCAGAAAGGUCUUACAGAGAACUUAUUGAGCAGCAAAUUCUGACCUAUCAGUGCAGCUGGUUAAAAGUAACAGAUUAUGUCUCCGAUAAAAAUCUACCUGUCUUUCAACCUGGAGUCAAGCUAAAAGACAAGGAAAGGCAAGUGAUCAAGGAGCGUUUCAAGGGUUUCAAUGAUGGCCUGGAGGAGCUGUGUAAAAUCCAGAAGGCGUGGGCCAUCCCUGACACAGAGCAGAGGGACAAUAUUCGGCACGCCCAGAAAACCAUUGUGGAAGAGACAUAUGCCACCUUCCUUAACAGGUAUGGUAGUGUACCCUUUACCAAGAAUCCUGAAAAAUACAUUAAAUACAGAGUUGAGCAAGUGGGUGAGAUGAUUGAAAAGCUCUUUGACACAUCAGCCUGAUCUGCUCGUCAGCACAUUGAUGUUCUAGUUCAAGAAGGAAAAACCAAGAAACACUUAGUAACAACUUCUUACAUUUUGUGACAUAUGUAUCUACCAUACAUAUGGAAAGGAAGGAGAGGGAGGAACUCCGUGUUUUUUUUGCCAUGCUUAAAGAUGCAAAAAAGAGAUGGAUUUUGUUGAAGGGGCCAUAUUAAGGAUGAAUAUGGGAGUGAGAAGCAUCUGGAAUUAAAAAGUUUGAAGAAAGUUUGUGAUUCCUGAAGAUGGUAGGACAAUGAUUUUGUAUUUGGGCACUUCAAUAGCUGUGCCCAUAACAUCCAGUUCCUGUGCUGGGUAGCCUGAGCGUGUGCAGUCAGGAAAGAUAAAUUCAAGUUCAACAAAAAAGUGGAUGAAGGAAGGAGGAAGAGGGACAUAAAUUACAUUUAAGAUGGGCCCUUAGGCCCAUGGGCCCAUAAGAACUGCCAGUAUGUUUUCCUGGUUUCUCAUUGUCAUAUAGAUGUUUUUAUCUUUCUGCUUUUGCUUGUUAAGAAUAUUCAAACCAAUUAAGCAUUAUUGGGUAAAAUGAAUUUUAUAGCUGCAGUGGUGCAUUUAUCAAAACAAAGAAAAUCAUGUCUAUCUAUCCCAAGAUGAAAAAUAAAGCAACAAGCCAAGGCAUUGUGCAAUGAUAGAGCUGUGCAACACUUGGGAUUUGAAGGUAGAAAUGUGUGCGAUUAGGACUGUAUGGGAAUACCAACAGAGCAUCUGCCUGCAACUCCUUAAAGUAACAGGCUUUUUUCUUGAGCCCAUGCAGUUGUUAUUCUAUAGUGUGUUCUCAAGAAUAGACACAUUUGCGGUAAGAAGUUAUAGAUUCUGUGUACUUGCCACUGUGUGCCAUAAGGAAUCCCAACUUUGUCAAAGUCAUGGACUGCAGCUAAAACCUAAAAUUUUCCUGUCCAAUAAACUCUGUGGGUGUAUAUGUAUGUAUGUGUAUCUACACACAGAUGCAAACACAAAUAUUCAUACAAUUGCAUGCGCUUCAGCUUCUAUAGCUGCUGCAGAUACUGUUUUCUUAUUUUGAAUCUUGUUAACUUGCCACAAAGACACAGUGCAUUUGAGAUAAGAAGGGAGGAAGCAAAGCUGUAUGGAAAUGAGACGAGAGAUAUAAUUGAAAAAAAAGAGAAAAGGAAGAUAUUAGAAAAAGAUAUAAAUUAACCAGUCAGGCAACCCAAGAAGCAACUGGAAAACUGGCCAGGAGCCAUUUCUAUAUGUAGUUCUUUGCACUUGGUGGUAAUGUCUUGGUUUUCAAGAACUUCUUGUAUUCUCAUCAAUUAAUGUACAUGGACUCAUGAUUCAGGUAAUUAUAUGGGAAGAGAACCGCAUCACUUUGUUGGAUAAAAGAAGUCAUAGCAUAGCAAAUGAGAGGCAUUGUCGUGUCCCACUCCUCCGCUGACGGCCGGGUCAGGGAAAUCCGAAUCAGGCGUGCCUCUGCAGCUCUGCCAAAGUCCUAGCAAAGUCCUCAAGGCAGGCAGGAGACCAGAAAGUGACUUCAGCAAGCUAUGUUCGACUUUGCCUGACUCAGAGAAUGCCAGAAAGCAGAUCCUUUAUAUAGGCCAUGGGGUAUGGCUCCAUGACUCAGCACUUAUCCAGGCCUGCCCCUCCCUUCCUUCUGACGCCGCCGCCUAUCAAUUCUUCUGAAGCAAGGGUCACUCCAGUCGGCAGCUGUUGGUAAUUGACCUCCCUCAGGCUCACAUGCUGUGGGGGAGGGGGAGGGGUCUAGUUGCUCCGUUUGCCUGGGCAUGGAGCCAGGGCUGGGGCCGGGAGGUGCUUCCUCCUCCUCAGCCUGUCUGGGCAUGGAGCCAGGGCUGGGGCCGGGAGGCAUACUAGGACAUUCCUCAGUGUUCGGAAGCAGAUAAGAAGGCCCCGGCUGCGGUGAGAGCGGGCAAGACACAACAGGCAUGGGUCAUUCAGGUUACUUCAGGGUUGCAAAAGGAACUUCUCCUUUGAGUUUAUUUGAACUUUGAAGGCUAACAACUGAAAAUAAUGUUUAAAGCUACCAAUAAUUAUGAAUCAGUAAAAGGUUGGCUCUAAGUUGUGGGGAAUUAAUCGAAUGACUAUGUUUUUAUUUAAAAGAAAAAAAGUCCAAAUGGACAAGAUUCCACAAGCAAAAAUACACUCUAAGUGCACUGGUACACAAUAAUUGUUUCUUUUUAAAACCAUGAAACGUGCAGCUAUUGGCACUUGGAAAUGGCAAAUGGAAAUGGCAAAUCCCUACAGGGAUUGAAAUCACUGCAAUUUCAUAUUCCUCCUGUACUGAUGACACUUUGUAACAAUGUGUGCCAGUAUAGGCCAGGCUGCGGUUUAUUUUUUCAUAAACACAACUUGAUAUUUUGGAAAAAAUAUGUCAGUGUAAUACCUCACACAUGGAAGAAGUUCUGCUAUAGAUACUACUGAAUAAUUUGGGUGGCAAAUCCAAGAUGAUCAAGUUACAGCCCAAAACAGAAACUGUAGAACAUUUUGGCCAGCCCACUGUAUGUGACAUCAGGGGUGAAGUGCUCCCAGUUCGGACUGGAUCAGGUGAUCCAGUAGCUAUGGGGGCAGGUAGUUUGGAGAACCAGUAGCAAAAAACCCUGUCUCCGCCCCCCCUCCCCCGCCCAUGCCCCCCCAAUCGCCCAGUCCCCACUUGCCUACUUGCUGCUUCUUUUGGGCUCGCUAAGCCUUGCUUCCGCUGCUGUUGCAUUAGCAGUUGCAUUAGCUAGCAACUGAAUCUGCCUGCCUGCAAUCCAUCUCAUCGGUGAGCAACUCAAUCUGCCUGCCUUCAAUUGGGUAAGUAACUGGGGGGGGGGGAGCUUUACAAAAAUAGUUAAUUGGGUUUUUUUAAGGAGUUUUAUUAUUAUUUUUUUAGACAAAAAUUUAAAGUUAAGGAAGUUUUAAAUUUAGCUGCUUUUAUCUAAAAAUAUAAAUAAAAUAAAAUAAUAAAAUAAAAAGUAUUUUGUGCAGCUUUCUGAGAUUUGGUGUGUUUCUGUAGUGUUUCACUCUAACUACACAAACACAAAAUCUCACAAAGCUGUAUGUGGCAUUGUGUGUGUGUGUGUGUGUGUGUGUGAGUCGUGUGUGUGUAAAGUGUGAGUUGAUUUUUGGGCUUUUUGUGGCUUGUGUGAGGUUCCUGCUUGUUGCAGGGGCCAUUUUGGAUGAGGUGCAGCUGCUUUUACUUUGUGUGUGAGUCAGUUGUGUUGUGUGUGUGUAAAGUGUGAAAGUUGGUUUUUGGUACCCCUUAUUGUUUUGUGUAUUUUGUUUAUUAUUUUUAUUAUUUUAUUGGCCACGCCAACUCAGUCACCUGACCACCAAGCCACACCCACCAAUUAAGCCAUGCCCACAGAACUGGUAGGGAAAAUUUUUAGAUUUCGCCCCAUGUGACAUUCUGUUCUUUUCUAUCUUAGGGUUUGGGUUAGGUCUCCAUGAAUACAGAAAGCAAAGGGGCAUUACUAACAGAAUUGGAGCACAUGGAUAUGUUUUGGAGGGCACUGACUUUUCAAGCCUGCUUUAUCUCCGUUUCCUGGAGAAAUACAUGGGAAAAUCCCAUGGGGGGGGCAACUGGUUUAGAGUUAGGGUUAGGUCUUCAUGAUUUCAGACAGCAAAAUGGAUGUUGCCAAUGGAUUUGCUUAGGAGAGUGCUGACUUUUUGAGCCUGCUUUUUUUACGUUUCCUGGUAAAAUACAUGGAAAAAGUCCCUUGGGGGGGUGGCAAAUUCAUGUAGGGUUAGGGUUUAGUCUCUGUGAAUUUGGAGACUGAAAUGGACAUAGCCAAUGUAUUCGGAGUAUAUCCAAAUACCUUAGGAAGGCCCUGAUUUUUUGAUCCUGCCUUAUCUACAUGUACUGGAAAAAUAUAUUGGAAAAUCCCAUUGGCAGGCAAAUCCACUUAGGGUUAGGGUUAGGGUUAGGUCUCCAUGGAUUCAGAUAGCAAAAUGGAUAUCGCCAAUGAAUUCGAAGUGCAUGGGUAUGCUUAGGAAAGCAAGGACUUUUCAAGCCUGCUUCAUUUACAUUUCCUGGUAAAAUACAUGAGAAAAAUCCCAUGGGGGAGUGCAAAUUGGCUUAGGGUUAGGGUUAAGUCUCCAUGAAUUUGGACAGUAAGAUGGAUAUUGCCAAUGAAUUCACUGCAUGGCUAUGCUUAGGAGGGCACUGCCUCAUCUACAUUGGUAAAAUACAUGGGAAAAUCUUGGGGAGCAAAUCCAGUUAGGGUUAGGUCUCCAUGAAUUUGGACAGCAAAAGUGAUAUCACCAAUGGAUUUGGAGGGCAUAGAUAUGCUUAGGAGGGCAUUGACUUUUUAAGCCUGCCUUAUCUAUGAUUCCUGGUAAAAUAUCGUACAUGGGAAAAUUCUCCCAUUUUCAGUUUCUUGGAAACACUUCAUCUUUGCUCCUUAAUGAGAAUGUCCUGUCUCUUCUUGUCUCAUUAUCUUUAUUCCUAUUUGUAAAUGUGAUGCUGUAGGACCAGCUGACACAUUUCGUACUUGUCUUUGCUGUGCUCAACAAAGAAUGACUGAAAGCUGAAGUAAAAAUAAAUUCUGAUGAAUAGAACUUCUAUAGAGACAAUCAUGUUAAGUCCUCUGUGACAUGUCAAACCCAAUUUACCGACACAGACAAUUAUGCUAAAGUCAACAAGUGAGUGCAAUAAAUUAACAUCUAUAUAGACCUUGCAGAUAAUUGAGAUAUAAUACACAGUAGUUCCAGCUUUCAACCUGUAUGCGCAGCCUGCACUGGCUUCCUGUGGUCUUUCGGGUGCGCUUUAAGAUUUUGGUUACCACCUUUAAAGCGCUCCAUGGCUUAGAGCCCGGGUACUUACGGGACCGCCUGCUGUUACCUUAUGUCUCCCACCGACCCGUACGCUCACACAGAGAGGGCCUUUUCAGGGUGCUGUCCGCCAAACAAUGUUGGCUGGCGGCCCCCAGGGGUAGGGCCUUCUCUGUUGGAGCUCCUACGCUUUGGAACGAACUUCCCCCUGGUUUACGUCAAGUGCCUGAUCUUUGGACUUUUCGCCGUGAGCUGAAAACGCACCUAUUUAUUCAAGCGGGACUGGCUUAAAAGUUUUAUUAAAUUUUUAAUUGGGGCUAUUUAUGAAUUUUAGGGUCUUAAAUUGUUUUAAAUUUCGGCCAUUCCUGUAAUAUGCUUGGUUUUAGUUUUGUUUUAAUGUGUAUAUUGUGGGGUUUUUUUACUAUUUGGCUGUACACCGCCCUGAGUCCU